AUGGCUGACGACCCACGUGUAUUCACGCCACUCAUUGCCCAGUAUCCUGGCGACAAGUUCGUAGUCGGCGGCGGCGUAGCCAUUUUCCAUCUUGCGACUAGUAGAGUCGUGAUUUGCAGCGCUGUAGACCGACGUGGUGCUAAGUACUACUUCCUCCCCAAGGGCCGCCGAGAUGCUGGCGAGGAGAGCGGACCAGGUGCAGAGCGCGAAGGAUACGAAGAGAGCGGCUACCGCAACCGUCUUCUCCCACUGCCCACCCAACAUCGCCAGCCGCAAGCACACCCGCGCGUCCACGCACAGCCCAUGACCGCUGAACCCGUCUGGAUGCAGCUCAUGCCUCUCGGAACUAGGCAGUAUGUGUUGUAUUGGUACAUCGCCGAGACUCUGCCUCCCCACCUGGAGACAGAGCUCGAGACAGAAGUAGGCGCAGCAUACAAACCCCCGCCAGCCUUUCCUCGAAACCUGUCUCUUCGCGAGCGUAUCAAGCUUGAGCCCGAGUCCUACGAGCCGUUGCAUCACGAGGGCACGGGCGUCGAUGAGGAAGAGCAGACAUACGAGAGUCAUCUUGUGCCAGUCGAAGAGGCAGUCCGGAAGCUGGGCGGCAGGAAUAGCGUCAUGGCUGAUGUCGUACUCAAGGGCUGGCAGGGUAUACAAGACCGCCUUGCGAUUGAGGAUGCGGCUACAUCGACUAGUCCAGAGGCCAUAGCAUGA